UGAAAUCUGGGCCGUGCGAGACCUUUUCGCCAUCCCAUCCAGGACCAGCGGCUUCUCCACAGCCGAUCUUCUUUUUCUUACCCAAGCAUCUUCGCGCCACUCCUUCAUCCUCGAUUGACCACCCAUUUUUGCACUGCUUGAUUGAUUCUGCCGCUGUCGCAAGGCAGCAUCCUCUUCUGUCCCUUAUUGUUUUGCGUCUGCAACACACUCGCCCCGGCCUGCUCGCCGUUGACACGGCCCCGGUCUCACCAUGGCCAACACAACCCUCGCAUCCGGUCUUCCGCCGCUUCCGGCUUACGAGAUCCGGCCGAUGCCCGAUCUCCUGCCCUUCAUAUCCGACUUUUGGUUGUCCCUCGUCGCGUCGCACGUCGCCUACUGGGUCGUGUCCAUGAUCUUUCACGUCAUCGAUGUCUACGACUUGUUCCCGCAGUACCGGUUGCACACGCCCGAGGAGAUCAGCCAGCGGAAUCUGGCGUCUCGUUACGAAGUGGCCCGGGAUGUGAUCAUCGAACAGAUCAUUCAGAUGGGGAUGUCCGCCUUCCUCUCGGCGACCGAUCCGAAGCAAACAACGGGCAUGGAGGAAUAUGACGUUGCGGUCUGGGCGACGCGCAUUCGGCUGGCUCAGCGCGCGCUGCCCGCGGUGCUCGGAACGCUCGGACUCAACGCCGCGGCUAUCUCCAAGAACAUGGCUGCCUCGUACCCGUUGCUAGCAGGCGCCCUGGCCGGCGGGCACUAUCCGUUUCUCACCACGACCCUCGACGACGUCACAGGAACCGCCGUUCCGGCGUUCGCUACAUGGGAGCUGAUCGUCGCCAAGGCCCUCUACUGGGUCAUUGUCCCCGGGUUCCAGUUCUGGGUCGCCACCUGCUUCCUCGACACAUGGCAGUACUUCUGGCAUCGGGCGAUGCACCUGAACAAGUGGAUGUACACCAACUGGCACGCCCGGCACCACCGGCUCUACGUCCCCUACGCCUACGGCGCGCUCUACAACCACCCCGUCGAGGCGUUCGUGCUCGACACGCUGGGCGCCGGGCUCGCGUACAAGGUGUCGAUGCUGAGCGCGCGCGGGGGCAUGCUGUUCUUCGUGUUCAGCACGGUCAAGACGGUGGACGACCACUGCGGGUACGCGCUGCCGUGGGACCCACUGCAGCAUAUCACGAGCAACAACGCGGCGUACCACGACAUCCACCACCAGAGCUGGGGCAUCAAGUCCAACUUCUCCCAGCCCUUCUUCACCAUCUGGGACCGCCUCCUGGGCACCAUGUGGAAGGGGGAUACCGCGAACAAGUACGAGCGCACGCGCGUGGCCGCGGCGAAGAAGUCGGAGAAGAAGGAGGUGGAGCCUGCUGCGGAGAACGGAAAGGUUGAUGGCAAGGUGAACGGCGAGGCGAAUGGCAAGGUGAAUGGGAAUAGCCGGGCUAAAUAAUUGGAUUCUGGGUUGACCAAGACGAAACCCUUUGGUGACACUUCGCUGGGCGGGUGCGAGAGACUGAAAGGGGCGGGCAGCCACCGAAUCUGUCUUGGGAAGAUACGACAGACGGGGCCUGUUUUGGAUGCAAUUCCGGGAUGGGGUUAACCAACAACAACAAAACGACAUUGGGCAUCAUGGGAGGGAAUUGGAGAGGCGUUUCGUUUGCUUGGCUUCGCUUCAACCACUUACACACACACACCACCCGCCCCCAACCGACCUCUAUCUUCAGGACCGGCCGUUCUUCUUCGCAUUGGCAUAACGGGAAACGAAAACCGGCACACGCAGGCCCAGCCAGC